GCGUGCCACUACCCGUCCGCUCUUCAGCAGCCGGUCGGGGGUGGUGGAGGAGCGAGUGAGGAGAGCGCGGCGGCGGCGGCGGCGGCGGCGGAGGCGGCGGCGGAGCCAUCACUGGACGGCCAGGGGGAAAGCGAGGCCCGAGCUUCUGCGUCUAGGAUCAGAAUGGUUUCAAUCCCAGAAUACUAUGAAGGCAAGAAUGUCCUCCUCACUGGAGCUACCGGUUUCCUAGGGAAGGUACUUCUGGAAAAGUUGCUGAGGUCUUGUCCUAAGGUGAAUUCAGUGUAUGUUUUGGUGAGGCAGAAAGCUGGACAGACACCCCAGGAGCGAGUAGAAGAAGUUAUUAGUGGCAAGCUCUUUGACAGAUUAAGAGAUGAAAAUCCAGAUUUUAGAGAGAAAGUUAUAGCAAUCAACAGUGAACUCACCCAACCAAAACUGGCUCUUAGUGAAGAAGAUGAAGAGAUCAUCAUAGAUUCUAUCAAUAUUAUAUUCCACUGUGCAGCUACAGUGAGGUUUAAUGAAAAUUUAAGAGAUGCUGUUCAGUUAAAUGUGAUUGCUACACGCCAGCUUAUUCUCCUUGCACAACAAAUGAAGAACCUGGAAGUAUUCAUGCAUGUAUCAACAGCAUAUGCCUACUGCAAUCGAAAGCAUAUUGAUGAAGUAGUCUACCCACCUCCUGUGGAUCCCAAGAAGCUGAUUGAUUCUUUAGAGUGGAUGGAUGAUGGCCUAGUAAAUGAUAUCACACCGAAGUUGAUAGGAGACAGACCUAAUACAUACAUAUACACAAAAGCAUUGGCAGAAUAUGUUGUACAACAAGAAGGAGCAAAGCUAAAUGUGGCAAUUGUAAGGCCAUCGAUUGUUGGUGCCAGUUGGAAAGAACCUUUUCCAGGAUGGAUUGAUAACUUUAAUGGACCAAGUGGUCUCUUUAUUGCGGCAGGGAAAGGAAUUCUUCGAACAAUGCGUGCCUCCAACAGUGCCCUUGCAGAUCUUGUUCCUGUAGAUGUAGUUGUCAACACGAGUCUUGCGGCAGCGUGGUAUUCCGGAGUUAAUAGGUAUAUGAGACCAAGAAACAUCAUGGUGUAUAAUUGCACAACAGGCAGCACUAAUCCUUUCCACUGGGGUGAAGUUGGAUAUUAUCUAAGUCAUUCCUUCAAGAUGAAUCCUUUAAACCAAGUGGUCAGGCGCCCCAGUCUUAAGUUUUAUUCCAACAACUUAUUGCUUCAUUAUUGGAAGGGUGUCAGACAUACAGUACCUGCAUUAUUGCUUGAUCUUGCACUCAGGUUGACAGGUCAGGAACCGUGGAUGAUGAAAACAAUAACUCGUCUUCACAAAGCUAUGGUGUUUCUUGAAUAUUUCACAAGUAAUUCUUGGGUUUGGAAUACUGACAAUGUCAAUAUGUUGAUGAAUCAACUAAACCCUGAAGAUAAAAAGACCUUUAAUAUUGAUGUACGGCAGUUACAUUGGGCAGAAUAUAUAGAGAACUACUGCAUGGGAACUAAGAAAUAUGUAUUGAAUGAAGAAAUGUCCGGGCUCCCUGCAGCUAGAAAACAUCUGAACAAGUUGAGGAACAUACGAUACGGUUUCAAUACUAUCCUGGUGAUCCUGAUUUGGCGCAUUUUUAUUGCAAGAUCACAAAUGGCAAGAAACAUCUGGUACUUUGUGGUUAGUCUGUGUUACAAGUUUCUGUCGUACUUCCGAGCAUCCAGCACUAUGAGAUACUGAAGACAAGAAUUUAGCAUUAGAACAUCUAUGCAUAUGGUGGUCUAAAUGCACAAAAUGUAAAAUGUACUUAAGUCAUCUCACCUUUUGUCAAGACAUUAAACCAUCUUAGAUCAGAGUGUGGAGUAAAGUAUGGUACAUUUUAUGUAACAUUUUAAUGUUUAUGCUUAUAAAAAUCUAGUGAACACACUGUGGUUAUGCCAGCUCAAAUCUACAAUAGCCACCAAAACCAUGACUUAACAUUUUGAUCCCUGGGGACAAGGGGUGGGGUGAGGGUAGCAGUGGGGAAAUAGGAACCCUGACCAGUAUAACUGUGCAAUUCUGGAACAUAUUAAUUAAAAUAUGCCUUAACAUUUAGUGAUUUCUAACUCUAAUAUAUAGUGCAGUGGAAAGCAUUUAUUUGGACAGGAAUGCUUAGCUAAGUUGGUAGAUAUUUCAUUCUUCAGUGUUUGAUUUUUUUCAUUGGUUGUAGUGGGUUUUAGUUUUGUUAAAACUGUAGCCAAACUUAUUUUCACAUCAUUCUGUAAGUUAUUGAGUGGUCUCCAAUAUGAAAGACAUGUUCUCAAUUUCCUUUCUCUGAUUAGUGGUCUGAUGCACAUCAUUUUUGUAUAAGCAAUAAGUUGCUUCCAUAAUCAGAAGGCUGUAUGUUAUUCUAAAGACCCUACUGGAUCUAAAUAGGUUUGAGAAUCCAUAUCAACAUACGCUCUGUAUUUUUUGAAGGAAAAUGAGAAUGAAUUCCAUAAGACUAUUACGAUCAAAAAGAAUAGGAAUACAUUUUUCUUGUUCACAUUAUGACCAAAUAAAAAUUAGCCCUGUGAAAUUUUGUUCAUGUUUUGAAGUUGGAGGAUUUCUUGAGACUUUGGCAAAGGGGGGGUGCAGGUGGGGAGGGAGUCACUAUAUUUGUGCUCUCUUCCCUUUAUACAUUUUAUUAACAGGACUUCUAAAAGGCUUGUACAGUCUUUCCAAUGAAAAAUGAAAGUGCUUUAUUAUGGAAGAAUGUAUUUGCAGGUAGUCAUAAUAAGAAGAAAAUGUUCUCACAUGUGUGUAAACACAUACUAAACUUUUGACCUUGAGAGCUGAAUUCCUUCAAGAAAAAUAAAAUAGUGCAUAAAAUAGCAUGUAUAAAAUUAAAUAAAGGACUUUAUUUACAUACCACAUUACUUAAGGUAGCAAACUGUUGAAUGAGUUUCAAGAUAACAUUUAUUUUUUCUGCAUGUAGUUUUAGCUUUGAAAGAAAUGCAUUAUAGAAACAAGUAAUAGCAAGAAAAUUAAUGUAUAUUUUAAUGAUACAUUAUUAUUCCCUUUAAACCUUAAUAGUAGUUAACUGUCCUUACUGUUUUAACAUACAUUUGGUUUGACAGAUUGAUCAGCAUAACUCUUCUAAUUUAGCUGAUCAAGUUGUACUAUAUUUAAAUCAUCAACAGUAUAUCUUGAAUGUGUUUAAUGAGGUCAGUUCACAAUACAAAAAGCCACAUAGAACUUUACAUCUUAAUUUUCUCUGUCAAUUUAAAUGCAAUGUGUAAGAAGUUUAUUUUGUUAUUGUGAAAAAAACUAAAUGUAAAGGAAACCACUUUCUUCCAUGCAGGUGCGUUAUCUUCAAAAGGAAAAAUGCUUCCAUGUUGAAGCCAGAUUUUCUGUAGUAAAACUUUUAAACAUUAUUUUAAAAUAAAUAAAUAUAUAUAUACACACACACACACACACACACACACACACACACACACACACACACACACACACACAUAUAUAUAUAUAUAUAUUUUCUUUGAAAUGAUACUAAGUCUCUGGUCUAGGACCGUACCUUGUGUAAGGUGUGAGAGACCAUGACAGUGUCUGAAAAUGGAAUAAAUGAUGAUGCCUUUAAUUUAAAGUGGCCCACUGAUUAACUCUGGAUGCUCUCUACAUCGAGUACUCCAUCUCUCCAAAUACAUUUCCAUAAUUUGUUGAAAACAGGCUAACAUUUGUAUGAUGUUUAUACUUCUGCUGAAUAUACUUAAAUCAGAUGAAUUGUCUUUGUAUCUUGCAGAAGAAUCAGGUACAACUUUGCCAGGCAUGUGAAGUACAGAGGGGGGUAUGUCUUCUGACCUAUGUCAUUGUUCUUGUAAUUCAAUGUAAAGAAAUGCUAGCUGGGACAGGUGCUGAGGCCACUGCAUUAAUGUUGUGUGUUUGUUUAGAAUUCUGUUUUCAGAAGAAACUAAUGAAUAAAUUAAUAUGUGAUUUUAGAACUUAGUUCUAAAAUUAAUAUGAAGAGUAUAUAGGUUGUUAAUCCCCACCAACGAGACUUUAAGCUUAACUCAAAGAUUUUGGAACUCAUUUUUUUGUGUGUCAUUUGCUAGACAUGGUUUUUAGUUAUGUUUGAUUUUAUUUUCUACAUGAACUCAGUUUUUAACAUGAUAACCUAAUUAAAUUUAAUAUUUCAUUUAAUUCAUUUGCUAAAGCCAUACAGUAAAACAUUUGGUUUUUUUCCCCCACUAUUCACUCUUGAUUCUAUGCUUUUGUCAAUUGUGACAUCAUUUGUGGCUAUAUUGCAGUUUGACUUGGCAACAUUGAUAUGUUUUAAAGCUCAACAAAGAAGCAUGGCAAUACGCUCUUUGACUAAAGAAUGGUAUAAACAUGGUAUAAAAAUGGUAAUAAAGCUUGGAAGCAGGGAGGAAAAAAAUCUUAUUUCUCCCCUUUUUUUGUGUGUGUCUGUAGGAACUGGUUCAGGGUUUUUUGCUUUUUGUUUUAAAUGUAAAUUGAUAAUCUUUUAUAAGAAGUAAAUAGAAGCAUUAUUGGGUGCCUUUGUUUGUAAACCAAAAAGUAAUAAAUGAAUCCCUAUAUUUCCAUUAUA